AUGUCGGAGUCUCGUCAAACUCGACGUGAACGUAAGACAGAACAAGAUGCUGAACAUAAGCGAAUCGGAGACUUAGCCAAGAUGCUCAUUCCUCGUUGGAUAGCAUCGAAACGAAUUCAAGGAUUGACCGUAGAGUUAACGGAAGAUGUGUACUACCCGAAACCAGAGUGGGAUAGUUACCACUACUGCGUAAUGUGCGGCGCUCAUGGAAGAUUUCGUCUAGCGCAACACAUACUAAGGAAACAUCCGGAUCUUAGUCACAGAAGCGAUGAAUUUAAGGUGGUGGAACAAGUAAGCCGUGGAAUAACGGAAAGGAUGAAGAAAGCGUCGAUAGAUAUGCACAAGGUUCUGGCGCCAGCUACUAGUAGAGAAUACCGCAUUUACAGAGAAAUUUUCGAACAACUACGCGAGUGCGGAAUCCCCGUAAAAGGAAGUUACGAGGAACCUGAUGUAGUGACGCCGGCGCAGACGCAAGAUCAGAUGUUGAAGGUGAUGACAGAUUUGAGAGAUCAAAUAGUACGUCAGAUAGGCGCGGAUUUCACCAACGAACCAGGGCCGUCUGGAGUCGAAUCACAAGCCGCUCUUCCCAGUGUCAUCGUUAAGGAACAACCUGGACCAACAUGUCCACCCACAUGGUCCGCUCCCCUUAUACCACGAUGCAGGCAGUAUCGAGUACCUGACGAUCCCGAUUACAUCGGAGGUGCAAAAGUGGACAAGCAGUUCACGAGUCCCCCAUGUAAGGAAUUGAUGUUUGCGCACCAGUGGGACGAUUUCAAGGACGGGUAUACGGAACAACGCUUCAACGUACCCAAUUCUCUGCAGACUUCCCAAGAUCAUCCACUAUUCCAACGGUAUAGGGAAUACCUGGAGUCGAUUAUGAUAAUACCUGUGGACGGAGGAUCAAGCAUGGAGAUUGAGAAUAAGGGACGUGCAACAUACGUGUCUUAUUUGUGCCGCUUCAUGUUAGUUGCGAUGCGAUCAAGACGAAGACUUGGUCGAAUCGUCACGAUGGACGAUGCGAUCUUUUCGUCCGGUAUACUGCUAUCGUUCUUCGAAACAAUACAAAAAGCCAAGGUCCCAGUAACAACCAGGAAGGGGUUUAUUAAAGCGUUAAGCACAUGGUACCACUUUUUGCUGCUUGUCCUCAAUACUGGUAUGGGACAGCAACGUUUGGCUGAAGUGGAGCAGGCAAGAUAUCGUGUGAAAGAUAUUUUGGAUAGGAUGAAAGGAGAGGAAAAAAUCCAAGUUUCUUUUCGUGGAGUGUUGCCAAGAAGACAACGAAAAGCAGAGACGUUGUACUGUGUAGUUCGCAUGAUCGUAACUCACAACCGAGUGCUCAAUGCGAUGAGGGAGAUAUACAGCGAAUUCGCCGACACUCAUAACCUAGAGCGAAGAGAAUACAACUAUUUUAUGGGAGCUCUUAUGGCGUACAUUGUGCACUGCAAUACUGCGAGGAACGAGUGCAUCUACAAGAUGAUGUACGGCUCUAUAUAUCCUCCGUCCGACCGUGAGCCGUCAGAAACUGGGCUUCAGAAGAAAUCGAUAACGAGAAGAGAUGGUGUAAUGGAAGAUUAUUGGGUUGGCGUGUACGGGAAAGGAAAGACAGCGGAAAGAAUACGCGAAGAAAGCACCUAUCGAGGGAAUUUUUUCGUCAUCGAUGAGGUGUCGCGGUUGUUGGUUGAAAUGUACACCAGAAUGCGUGAAUGGGUAGCUGAACGUAAUGAAAUCCGUCUAGCAAGUAUUAAACAACCCGAUUCACCGUUCUUCCUUAGUUGGUUCGGUCGAGCAGUGUCGCGAUCGAUGGUCCCAAGACUAAUGAGGAGAUUUUUUACAAAUUCUGGUUGUGAUAGCCUAAAUAUCUCCUGUAACACGUCAAGACAUCAGACAGCCAGGUUGCAAUACGAACGAUACUUGGAGAAAUCGUAUCGAAAUCAACAAAUGCCAGGAUACGCCAUUGAAGGUCACAAACCGUUAACUCAACUACUGAACUAUAACGAUAGCUACAUCUCUGCCUGUGCGAUAGCUUACAGUCGCCUAAAGAAGUAUGCGGAUCGUGAAGCAAGGAAAAAUGCGGAUAUCAUCGAAAGAGUGAGGUCAAUGGUGAAGAUCGUGAACUUGAAGGAAGAGUUGACGCGUGAACAGGAAGAAGCUGAAAUAGGCGAGGAUCUAGAAACACCUGAAAGUGUGGCGGCGGCAACGGCAGCAGCAGUAACAGACGACGGCGAAACAACGUCACUGUCUUCAGCCGAGGGAAGUGAUUAUGAAGCAACAGCUGUAUCUGCAAGAGAACACACUCGCAGCACAUCACCACAAUUGUUGAGAAGAUCUGCGCGACAACAGAAGCGAAUGCGAAAAGAUCCAUACACGUUUGAAGUUGAAACGGAAGGAGUAGGAGAAGCAGGAGCACUUGAGAGAAGCAGCUCUUCAUCCACUGCUUCCUCUUCACCAUUGGUGCGACGAAGAAAAUAUCCACCAGUGAAAGGGGAAAGUAGUAGCAGCGCGCAGCUAUCCGCCGGCGGUGAUUACAGGAUCGAUGAGGAACCAGUAUCAAUGCUUGUGGAUCCAGACGAACUGGCGUUCGAAAGUGUGGAGCCCAGUGCAGCCGAGCUCGGCGAGGACGCAGCUCGACGAGAUCAGUUAAGAAAGACGUGUAGGAGGACGGACACCGAGUUUGUUGCAGAGAAGCCGGUUAAACGUAUAGACAUAGACGUAUAUAGCUCAUCCGCUAACACACAACAAAUAAGAUUCUCUUUAGUAAUCGACGACGAAGACGACGAGGAGGACGACGACGAUGAGAAAGAGGAGUAUGAAACCGGGACUGAUAGCCGAGUCACUGACGAUCGUCGAACAUUUGCUUCGCCUUCCUCACUGCUGCCAUCACCACCCGAAGUCGGACCUGUGAAAUCCGACGAUGGUGGCGACGGCAGCGGCAGCAAUGGCGGUGAUGACAGUGGUGAUAGCAGCAACUCGACAUCCGAUAGACUUGUAAUUGUCGAUGAGCCAGCAAAAGGAACAGCGCCACCAACAUCAUCAACGCCACAAUCAUUAGCCAUAACAGCAGCGGCGGCGAACUCACAACUCACUGAGUCCACACAACGGCAAGAAAUGGUAGACGUUGUUACCGUGCGGUUGCAGCAAUUAAACGCUACUGAAUACACGGGCGGUCUAACGUCGUUCUCAACGGAUUUCGAACGAAGGGAUUUCUUGCGACGAAGGCAGCAAGACUUUCCAUGGGUAGAAAUAAGAGAAAUUCCUAGUAUUGGUGGAAGAGGAGUGUUCGCCAAAGUCCCAAUCCCAAAGGAUUCCGUUGUCUGUGACUACCGUGGACUGGUGAAAAAUUUAAAAGAAGUCGACGAGAUGCUUACGACAUUGACAACCGAGCGACGGAAAUAUGUAGAGGCGUAUUUAGUGCAAUAUACAGGCAGUUCGAAACAUCCCAAUUUAGCGAAUCACGUUUAUACGACGCUCAUCGAAGGAAGGCUCGAUUCAAUGGUGUACUUUAGAGCGAUACGAGAGAUCAAGGUAGGCGAACAGCUGCUGUGGGAUUACGGAAAGCAGUACAAUAAAGAGUUUUUGCGGAAGAAAUGUAUCUGUAAUGUGUGCGAUCCACAGCUAGUCGAAGAGUCAACCGCUUGCCUCAAGCCAUUAACAACCACGGAAGUGGCCACCGCCAAACUUGAAGCGAAGGCAGAGCCGUGGAGUGGUGAUCCAUCGUUGUCCCAGCAAGUGUUCGGAUCUGCACUACGCCGUGCACCCUUCGGUGUUCGUGAUCUGUUGUUAUCGGCGGCACGUAAAGCAGGAGCUGGAGGUUUUCUUCUCGAAGACGUAGGAGGCGAUGCGUUUACAGCAUACGCACGGAGCCGAAAUGUGGUGUUUGGUGUGUCAGGGGAAGAACACUUCACUGCUGACAUAACGGUACCACCAGAUUGCACAAACAAUCUUUGUCGUAUGUUGUUGGCUGCAUACAAGGACGCGUACAGACGGAGAAACGCAGUGAUUCUAAUCCUGAAACGUAUGGAUCGCGAUCGUCACCCAGCUGUAUUACUGCUCGGUCCUCGCCUGCCCGUAUCGUCGAAACAGCGCUACAGUUGUUGCCUCGCCUACGUUGGACAUAAUGACAAAGUGUACCCUGUGAAACGGCAGACAAUCGGAACGAGUUCACGGCAACCGAUAGAUGCCGAGUACAGAGCUGGAACAUUGCUACACUUUCCUACUCUUUCCGAUUUCCCGCCCUUAUCGGUGUUGCUGGCAAGAUGGAGAGUUUUCCAAAAUUUCAUCAGACCACAAUUUUCAUCGGGUCAGAUCGAGAAAGUACCUCAAACUUGGGAAAGUGAAAUGUCAGUGAUGACACAUCGGAGUGUCACCCGUGACGCGGUGGGUGUCACCGCCACACUUGUCACUUUCCAAGUUGAAAUCGCAGCGAUCGCCUGCGAUUCGCUGUUUUCGAGGGAAUACGAGGAGGAGGAGGUGAGAAGACGAUCUGUGGUGGUUUUCGGCGGUUCUGGAGAGUUUUGUGUGUUUCGGUUGUCAACCGUGUGUUUCGGUUGUCAACCGGAGAUGGGGAGAGUUUUCCAAAAUUUCAUCAGACCACAAUUUUCAUCGGGUCAGAUCGAGAAAGUACCUCAAACUUGGGAAAGUGAAAUGUCAGUGAUGACACAUCGGAGUGUCACCCGUGACGCGGUGGGUGUCACCGCCACACUUGUCACUUUCCAAGUUGAAAUCGCAGCGAUCGCCUGCGAUUCGCUGUUUUCGAGGGAAUACGAGGAGGAGGAGAUCGAGAAAGUACUCAAACUUGGGGAAAGUGAAAUGUCAGUGAUGACACAUCGGAGUGUCACCCGUGACUUGCGGUGGUGUGUCACCGCCACACUUGUCACUUCCGUUGGAAAUCGCGGAACAUCGCCUGCGAUCGCUGUUUUUGAGGGAAUGUCGAGGAGGAGUGAGGGAGAAGACGAUCUUUUUGGUUGGUGGUUUUCGGCGGUUCUGGAGAGUUUUGUGUGUUUGCCGUCAACCGUGUGUUUCGGUUGUCAACCGGAGAUGGGUUUAAGUAAUGUCAGUGGUACACCUCCGAGGUCGUUUGUGUUCUCGAUAAUCCGUGACGCCUGCGGUGCCGUGGCCGAAGUUGAGUGGCGCUGGCGCCACGGCGUCGGCGCCAUUCGAACCGGCGUGGUCGAUUUCGUAUUGCGAAAUCGCCCUUCAUACGUGCUUAGAGUACCACCACCGAAUCUAAGCAAACUAGCAAUCUGCACUCCAAUUCCUAACCAAACAACAGAUAUUGUGGUGAAAGCAGUAAUCAACUAUGUCAUAGCCAAGCAUGGAAUUCCUAACGAAAUAGUAUCUGACCGUGGUUCUAAUUAUACAAGCGAGGUAUUUUCACAAAUUAACAAGAUCUUAGGAAUAUCUAACAAAUUAACAACAAGCUACAACCACAAAGCAAAUGAGCAAGUCGAAAGAAUGGUAAAAGUAAUCACAGAUUCUCUCACCGCAUAUUGUUCAGAUGCUAAAGAUCUGUGGUCAGACUUUCUCCAACCUAUCGUCUUUGCUUAUAACACCACCAUAAACGACACUACAGGAUACAGCUCAUUUUUCGUUGCAUAUGGAAGACAUCCAAUCACUUGGAGUGAUAUCGUCCGCCAACUGCCAACCACCAUAUCUUACGCCACCGAUAGUUUUGCAGACCAAUUCAGCACUGUCCUGCAAACCACAAUCAUCGAAUUCGGAGACCAAAUCGCCAAACAAACAGCAAAAUAUAAAUCAGGUUACGACUUUCACAACAAAGUUUUCUUUAAGGACGUUUCCAUUGGAGAUCUUGUCCUAUUACGUGACGAUACCGUUCGUCCCAAAUUCACUCACCAAUGGAAAGGCCCUUUCAAAGUUGAACAAAUUUCUCGUCCUAAUGUCACCAUCAUCAAUCUGAUCGGUCGUCAGGAACGACAACUUGUUCAUAUUAAUAGAUUGAAAAUUUAUUUUCCUCGUUCUUCGUCCGCUAAUGUUUCCACCUCUAAACAAAUACUACAUUCACCAACAAAUAUCCAAAAGGAAACAUCAGAUGACUCAGAACACAACUUACGACGAUCAUACCGUCUUCACAUAAAACGUUCGUCUUCGUCGGGCUUCAACGACUCAGAUGACUACCGUCAAGUUCUAUGUGGAUGUGCUGGUGCGAAUAGAUAUGGUAUUCUUGCUCUAACUCUUUGCUAUCUCUCUUUCCUGAUGUCUAGCCUGAUCGCAUUUAACGCAACAUUCGUGGCUAUGAUGGAUAAAACCACUUCACCGCUCUACAAUGGUUCCAUAACAGACGAUAUUGACUGGCAGAGUUCAGAAUUGUCCAUCGGAGAUCGUCGAUUGUCAUUUGAUGUAAUGGAGAAAAGUUUGACGUUUGCUGGUGGCUUUACCGGCGCCAUGCUCAUCACUUUUCCUCUGAAUAUGCUUCUCCAGAGGUUUGGUACUCAUAAAGUGAUGACUGUAGUUGGUGUAGUGUGCACUUUAAUGGUCGCAGUAACACCAGUGAUCGUCUGUUGGUCGUUUCCAGUUUUCGUAGUUGUGAGGAUAAUUUCGGGUAUAUCUAUCUCAAAUUCGUUCCCAGUGGCCGGUGCUGUUAUUAACGAAUGGGCAUCCACGAAGGAAAAAGGCUUCUUUAUCGCCGUACUUUCGGCCUAUGUUGAGCUUUCUGCAUUGUUUACCAUGCCGAUCAGUGGAUUAGUGGCCACUAAAGUGAGCUGGGAUUUUGUGUUUUACCUUCAUGCUGUUAUUCUGGGAAUAUUCACUGUUCUAUGGGCUGUUUACUAUAGAGACAAACCCAAGAAACACCCAUUUGUUGCUCGAGGAGAAUGGCAAAAAAUUAGUCUGGGAAAGAAACCGGUCUCAGGAAAGACAUCCCCACCCCUUCAAAGAAUAUUCCGAUCGAUGGUGAUCUGGGCGAUUUGGAUCGCUGUCAUCGGCAAUUUCCUCGUGUCUCAGUUCACAAUCUCCUAUUCACCGCUAUAUCUCUCCUAUGUGCUAGGAUUCCCAACUAUGACGGCUGGAUUUCUAACAAUUGCUCCACUGGCUGCUCAGUUGGUGAUCAAAAUGUUCACUGGACUGGCUUCGGAUCGACUGAGGUGCCUUCCCGAAGUGGGUAAGCUCCGCCUGUUCAACUCAAUAGCCCUUCUAGGAUCCGGGCUCUUCUUUAUUUUGCUAUCGGUCGUUCCACCUGCUGGAAAUGCUUCCGAUGUCAUACUGAUUAUAAUUCCUGUGGCGCUGCUGGGAUUUUCAUCUGGUGGCUAUCCGAAAUGUGCUGUCAUGGUAUCACAACAGCAUUCUCCAUUCGUGAUGUCUAUUGUACAGAUCGUCGCUUGUUUUUCUUUGCUGAUCGGGUCCUUCGUUGUGCCGGCACUCACCAAAAAUGACACAUUUGACCAGUGGCGAACAGUGUUUCUUAUUUACGCGUUCGUGCUUACACUGUCCAACACAAUUUUCAUCGCCUUCGCAAGGUUCGUUUGCAUUUAUUGA